GCGGACCAACUGCAACAAGUCAUUGGAGUAAGUUAUUAAAUUUCUUAUCCUAUUAAUAAAGAAGACAGUUUUUAUUUUAUUUAGUUAUACCAGAAUUACUUCUAUCAAGUAGAUAUCCAGGCCUAGAAGAUUUUGAUGAGCAUCAAUACAUAACACGAAGGUUGCAGAUACUAUUUGUUUGAUUUUGUCAUAAUUUCUAUAAACAAAAUUUGAUAUAUAGAUUGAUUCUUGAUCUCAUACGUUUAUCAAUAGUUUGGUAAGACAUAUAGUAAAUUUAUUUGAUAGAUUGUAUAAUCACAGAAACAAAUAAAGAAUGUGAUAGUAUUAACAAUAUUCUUAUUACAAAUGAGCAAGAUCAUAAAUUCUAUUCAGCACUUAUUUAUAUUCACAUUGUAAAUCAGCAUCUUAUAAAAAUACUCAUAAAAUACAUAAUCAUCUUUCAUUGUAUUAUUUUCCUAUGUUCAUAAGUUCAUUAAUAUCAAGUAUUCGAUCGUUUUCAACUCAUUAUUAACGUCAUUUUAUCAAUUAUAACCGAACCCAAUGAACAAUUACUUCUUUUAGACUAGACUUUUGCUGUUUUCAAAUAAAAAGAUAAAGAACUAUUCUUUAUUUUUUUACUCUGGGCAAGAAAAAUACUUUUCGAAAAACAACAGUCACAUGAAGAAUAAAAACAUAAAGUAAUGAAAAGAGUAUUAAAAUCAUAACUGAAUCUCUUAUUUACCUUCAAAGAGUUGUGCGUAAUGAAUGAAUUCCUAUAGAGACAUGAAUCUAUUCAAGUGAUGUUUGCUUUUACCUUUGUCAAUCAAACAAUUUCAUAUAACUGAUCAUGCAGUCUAUAUAUCGAAUGAAAAUAAAAAUGGAUCAUGAAAUGAAAAUAAUAGACAUAGAGAAGAUUUUUCUAUAACGAACGCUUAGAAAAUAAACAUUUCAAUACACAUAAAUGAAUAAACCAAUCAAAAAAAAAAGACAUGUACUUUUAAUUUCAAAGGGCACGAACACCUACUGUGAGGAACAAUUUUAUGUUCUUUCAACGAAAAGAGAAAUGUGAGAAGUAAUGAAAAAAAAAAGAGUAACGAAAAAUCACUUAUUGCUGCCUAUACUUUAUUUUUUCAUCGAUCACACAAAAAAUAAUGCGAUUUAUCAAUGUCUUGUUUUUCAUUAUAUCUCUUUCAUCUGUAAAAGGUUUGCUACAGAUUAUCUUUUUCUACUUGAUUCUAUCAUAAUAUAAAUAAACUCUAGGACAAACUACACAACUACCUAAUUAUUCUUGUAGUGAAAAUAAUGUUUCUGUUCAAUUUACAUUAUCUUCAUCAUUUCAUUCAGCAUGGAAUCCAACAUCAAAUUGUUCUUUACAACAAUGUAAUACAAGCUUGAAUGGUAAUAAUAAUUGUCUUUCAUCAACAACAACUUGUUUUGAUUAUCGAACUAUAAAUAAUAUUCGUUAUUGUGCACCUGGUAUUUUAUGUUCAAUAUUAGAAAGAUGUGAUAAUAUUACACAAAUAUGUUCAUCAAAUAAUUCAGUAUGCGUUAUCAAUUCGUGUUGUUCAUCACAAGCAAUAUGUUUACCAUUGCUAGCAACACAAAUGUGUAAAACAGGAUGGUUUUCUACUGGUAAUAUGAGUGAUGCACGAUAUUAUCACACAGCAUCCGUAUUAUCAAAUGGAAACGUAUUAGUUACUGGUGGAACAGUAAAUGGCACCAACUAUUUAAAUAGUGCUGAACUGUAUAAUCCAUCGACAGGUACUUGGACAAUUACUGGUAACAUGAGUAAUGCACGAUAUUAUCAUACAGCAUCUGUAUUAUCGAAUGGAAAAGUAUUAAUUACUGG